GAUACAGAGUAUGAUGGAGAUUCAGAAUCUCCUACAUUAGGCUUUACUGACACAAACAACAGUUGUGUAGGAUUAAAAUCAUCAAUUAUUUGAUUGACAGCCUGAAUAUAUUACAAGAUGCUUAGAAGCUUUUUGUCAAGAUUGAUAAAAACUGAAUAGGAUACUGGCAAAAGUCUCUUGAGAACCUACAUCUGCUGGUUAUGGAGCCUGAAAUAGAAGAAGAGAAUAUUGAUGAUAUUAAAUUCAGGACAUGAAGUAGUUAUUUACCAUGAUUUGAAGGAUCUGACUCAACUGCUGGCAACCAGAUAUAAUUUACCCCAAACUGAAUCAGCAGCAAAUGUUAUCCUACAGUGGAAACCAGUCAGUGAGUGACAACAGGAUGCUUUUUAUUACUAUUCAAUCAAUCUUAUAUGAUUUCUAAAAUAUGUUAUAAGCAGUCAUUUGAAAAAAAGAACAAUAUUUCCAGAUGUCCAUAAAAAUGAUACAGGUCACUGUUGUAAGAUUUUAAGCACCAGGGUGCUGACAUAUACCAGAUUUGUACAUUUUACUCAUUUAAACCAGGAUUAUUUGAAGAAGGCAAAUUCUUUUUAUUCUGCUUCAUCAAAAGUAUUGAAACACUUUUCUUUUUAAACGAAAAAUGCACUUUCUUUUCUUUUCUUAGAACGAGUGAACCAACGUGACCUUACUAAAGUGGCUUUUUUAUGGAUACUAAGCUGUGGCAUUAUUACCAUGAUCAUGUAUGGUGACUUGCUGCUGAAUACAAGCAUUGCUACUGAAACUCACCUAAUGAUUCAGAAUAACACUCCUUACCUCAGCAGUACACAGAAACCAGUAAGCUCCUCUUUCUACAUGUCUACAGCCAGAGUGCUCAAAGAAGGGGAAAUCAAUAAACCAGACCUCAUGACUUACCUUGUGCUGUUUCUUCUCCUUUUUCUGACAGUGGCAAUUAUUGUUCUUUUCAUUAACUGCCAACUGAGGAAUUCCUUUUUUGCAGGGCUACCUUAUGACAGAUCGAUGCGAGAAUCACGAAGCCCUUGGAAAACACAAUCUGUCUGAGCCAAAUAUGUUGAAUGUCAACCAAAGCAUAUGGGAGGCGUUUUCAUAUACAGUAUAUAUAUUGUGUUCUUUUGAUACUUCUACUGCAAGAUUGGAAUAGUAGAUUUUAUUGUGUUUUAUAAUAUAUACAAGUAAAUGUGUUUUUUUUUUCUGAAAUAUAUUGUACAUUGCUAUAUUAUAAGCGUGAGACAAUGGAAUGUGUGCUUGGAAACUACCUUUAAAAUAGCUAAAUGAGUAUGUAUAAAUACGGUUAAGUAACAAUGUUUAAGCUAUAAUUGUGAAACAGAGGAACCAUGUCUUCCCCUCUUUUGUUAUUUAUAUCAACAAAUCAAAGGGAGUGCUUAAUGAUCUGCUAGAGAAAGCUGUUCACAUACUUAUUUAUUCUGUUUGAUAUAGAUAUAAUGCACCUGCUGUUUCAGAAUGUAUUUAUUAAACAAGAGUGAGGGAAAAUGAGAGGCAAUAUUCCAUUAACUAACUGCAAGACUGUAAAUACACAUAUAUAAGGAUAAAUAUUUACUAAUACAAAGCAAUAUGAUUAUAUAAAAGUUAAUUAUAGUAAAUAUUUGUACUAUUAUUUGUCAUUGUUUUCUGAUUGGAAGUUUUCAAUUAAUUAAAUUGGCAUUCUCAUAUUUGCAUAA